GGUGGAAAGGGAUAAAUAUUUGGAUUCUAUGACUCUCAAAAUCGUGUCAGUGAAGAAAAUGAUGAGAUGUCUAACGAAACGAUAAAUGACUUGAAUAGUAAAGAUGCAGAAAACAUCACCCUGGAACAGAUUGAUGACUUGUACAACAUUGAUCAAGAUGAGGAUCCGCCAAAGUCUCCAGGGGCGCGGAGUGUAAGAUGGUCCAUUACAAGUGCCGACGAUGCGCAAAGAAUUUCAGUUGAUCAUCCAUCGACUACACGAGAUGAAUUUUCAAAUCGGCGAUCAAUCAGUAAUAGUAGCAUACAAGGUGGUAUACAUGUCAGUCGCAGUCACCAUGAACGGCUUUACAGUCUUGGUAUUGAUGAAAACGUUGAGCGAGGAAAUUGGGGCUCAUAUUGGGACUUCAUACUGGCUUGUCUAGGAAUCAAUGUUGGGUUAGGGAAUCUAUGGAGGUUUCCCUACUUGUGCUUUACUAAUGGUGGGGCAGUAUUUCUAAUACCCUAUGUUAUCAUGUUGGUGUUUGUUGGCAUCCCCAUUACAUUCCUGGAACUCUCAAUUGCUCAGUUCAGCAGUAGUGGGCCCAUCUCUGUGUGGAGAUGUGUGCCUUUGUUCAAAGGUAUAGGGGUUGCUAUUUCAGUGGCCUAUGCAUUCCUAGCGAUCUAUUACAAUAUGAUUAUGGGUUGGUCAAUAUUUUACCUAUUCUCAUCAUUCACAAGGUAUCUACCAUGGAUGGACUGCAAUAAUUACUGGAACACUGAUGCCUGUAGUGUCGACCAGGUUAAAGUUAACUGCAAUUUCACUGGCCUUACACAGUACGACAACGGGACGUGUUAUAACAAUUCAAUCCAGAUAGGUAUCUGGGAUUACAACAUUUACAACAACGUGACAGCAGCAAUGAACAUCACUAAAGUAUCACCAGCUCAAGAAUUUUACAAUCUCUUCACACUGAAGAUCAGUGCUGGUAUCGAUGACAUAGGGACCCCUCAGUAUCAUCUUGUGUUGUCUCUACUCCUUUCUUGGUUCCUUGUCUUUGUCUGCAUGAUGAAAGGCAUCAAAACCGUUGGCAAGGUGGUGUAUCUAACUGCUACUUUACCCUACAUCAUCCUAACAAUCAUGUUGGGCUUUGGGGCCACCCAGAAAGGGGCGCUUGAGGGUGUUCAAUUUUACAUUUACAAUACUGAUUGGUCUAAACUCGGCGAAGCGAAGGUUUGGAAAGACGCAGCAGGACAAGUAUUUUUCUCACUAAGCCUUGGAGGGGGCGGACUCAUAGGACUUGCCAGUUAUAACAGAUUUCACAACAACAUAUUCAGGGAUGCUUUGAUUGCCUCCAUUGGGAACUGUAUCACUGCUUUCUAUGCUGGCUUCGUAGUUUUCAUUUACCUUGGAGUGCUGGCCAACCAGUUAGGGGUCGAUGUCGCUGACGUAGCCGCCAAAGGUCCUGACUUGGUAUUUGUCGUGUACCCCAACGCAUUCACCGUUCUCCCAGUACCACCAUUGUGGUCGAUACUUUUCUUUCUUCUACUACUUAGCCUUGGACUGGACAGUGUUUUUGGCAUGCUAGAGGCAAUCAGCACAUCAUUAUUGGACAAUUUCACAAAGUUGAGGAAAUAUCGGCCACAUGUUACCUUUGUUUUAUGCUGUGUGCUCUUCUUGUGUGGACUGCCCCUUACAACAAAUGCUGGCAUGUAUGUAUUAACGCUAAUGGAUCAUUUUGCUGUCAUCUGGACUUUUCUGAUAUGCGGCUUCUUUGAGUGUAUAGCUGUGGCCUGGUUCUAUGGCUCAUCAAGGUUUCUUAAAGACAUCAACCUUAUGAUAGAUAUACCUCCUGGCAAGAUCUGGUGGAGAAUUUGCUGGACUUUUAUAUGUCCAGCAAUGGUAUUGUUUAUAAUAGUUUUCUCGUCAGUCCGAUACACUCCGGUGGAAUAUGGUAAAACUUAUACGUACCCUGAUUGGGCCACUGGUAUUGGUUGGUUGUUGGCUGGAGUGUCCCUCAUGUUCAUACCUAUCACUGCAGUAUUCAAGAUUAUCACAACCAAACAUGGAAACAUAUUCCAACGAAUCAGAUAUCUUUGCCAGCCAACUAUGGACUGGGGACCUGCGUUGGUGAGACAUAGACAGUUGGUCUUUGUAUCAAACUACGUUGAAGACUUUGUAGUGAACCCAAAACAACAAAAGAAAACGUUAACGUCCUCCAACAAUCUUGCACGAUUACAGGGAGUUGAUAACUUAGGCUACCGAAGGCGUAAAUCCAGCCCGGCAAAUCGUCAACAAAGUUUUGAUGCUAUUGUGGAAUGAACGACGUUUGCAGGACAGUGAACUACUGUUUACCUAACCAGAAGUGAACUGUAUAGAAUUUGUUUACCUCUACCAGAACAAAAAAGGAACUUAUUUGAUUGGAAUAAUUAGAAGAACAGUUGAAAAAGUUUUUUAUGACAAAAUGAAUGUUUACUUUUGCCUACUGAACAUUUCUAGUUCCUAUUGCACCUUUUACCAAAUGGACAAUUUUACUUUUCCUAUCGAUAUAAUAUCACAUAGUUUAUUUAUAAUACGGGAUGUUCACUUUGGUAUCGCUAGACAUAAUAAUAUGUCAGCAACAAUAUGGGUAUAACCCUGAUUCUUAGUAUAUCAUUGCAGGAAGAAAUAAAGCUGGCUGUCUAUGGCAUUAUAUUUGCUUCUUUAUUCAUUAAAUUC